AUGUCGAAGGAAAAGGAGGACAAGGAUGCGCAGACGCUGCUGGAGCUGCGGGACAAGCUGGAAAUGAACGGCGCCUACCUGGCCAUGGUGCAGAACCAGCAGCGGCGCACGGGCGUCAACCUGCGGAGAGCGCAGCUGACCCUGGACGAGGUCCAGGCGCUGCCAGAGUCCGUGGCCAUGUACAAGGCGGUCGGCAAGGCCUACUUCCUGGCGCCCAAGGCGGAGCUGGUGUCUGAGCUGUCGGGCGACGUCAAGGCGGGCCAGGACCAGGCGGCUGAGCUGGAGCGGCAGCAGGAGCGCGCGGUCAAGGCCAUCAAGGCGAUCGAGGGGGAGGUGGCCGAGGUGGCGCGCGGCAACCCGGGGGCGCAGCAGGCGUUCCGGCGGCUGAUGGGGGGCGCGUGA